UCAAGGUUACUCUGUUAUCCUUCUUUUACCUGUCCGUGUAGCUCGAAAGAAGUCAACAUGAGGUUUUUAGCUGCUUUGCUCUUCGCAGUUGUUGUUGCCCAGGUGGCGGCUAGAGAUCUUUCCGAAUAUCAGGAUCGAUCCGUUUUGUUCCCUCGUCCACCUGUGGCGCAAAAGAAUCAGUACGUCCCCGUUAAACGCGCUGCUACCGUCGAUACCCGAGGCUUCUGUGGUACAGUCAAGACCACCAAUCAAGAUCGUAUUGUAGGUGGCACUGAGGCCGUUCCAAAUUCUCUACCAUGGCAAGUUGCUUUGUUCAUCGAUGAUCAGUACUUUUGUGGUGGUUCCCUCAUUUCCGCCGACUGGGUUUUGACUGCCGCUCAUUGCGCCGACAAUGCCACCUUCUUCAACAUUAUGCUAGGAGCACACAACGUCCGCUUGACGGCUGCCGAAGAGCCGAAUCGCGUUGAAUACCGAUCGGAAGUGUACACUAUCCAUCCUAACUGGGGCCCCAAUUUGUUGCGUAAUGACAUGGCUCUCAUCAAGCUUCCUGAGUCAGUCACUUUCACCGAUGCUAUUUCACCCAUUUGCUUGGCUCCCGCCACUGAACCUUCUCACGCCGGGGAUCCUCUCCAUGUCAGCGGAUGGGGCAAACCAUCGGAUGCUGCCACUGGCAUUUCUCCAGUCCUUCGUGAAGUCGAUGUCGUUGGCAUUACCAAUCAGGAAUGCGUCGCAGCUUACAGCAUCCUCACUAUCCGUGACAGCAAUAUUUGCGUCUCCACCUUAGGUGGAAAGAGCUCUUGCAAUGGUGACUCUGGUGGCCCAUUGAGCUUCAUCAACAACGGCGUUUUCAAUCAAGUGGGUGUUGUCAGCUUCGGUUCCAAUCAAGGUUGCGAACUGGAAAUUCCAGCAGGUUUCGCCCGUGUUUCCAGCUUCACCGAUUGGAUCUCCUCCGUUACUGGCUUGAUCAUCUAAACCAAAAUAGCUAAACGCUCCGCGCUCAUCUGUGACCUUUAUUUCUUUUUUUAAAAUGACAUUAAAAAAAAACAAAUGACAGUUUAUUACCGUGUAUUAUCCUCUUGAAUUUAUUUUUAAAGAAUAAUUACAUAGAAGGCACCACGA